AUGAGCAAUCUUCGCCCCGAGGGGGCCGAGAUCGUCUCGGCGCACCGCACGCGCGCCACGAGGAAGGCGAAAUCGCCAGGUCCGGACUGGAAGUCCUUGGUGGCUUCCCUCAUCCUCAUCUAUGGCGCAGCGGGCGUGUUCCUGGGCUUAGUGGUCCCCCCCCUGUCCCGGCGCUACAGCUGGGCCCUGAUGGCGGUCAGCGCCCUGCUCGUCGCCGUCACCGCCGUCUUCAUGGUGCGCACCGCGGCGCGCGACCCGGGGUUUGUGGGCGGCCUGACCACCUUCCACACCUACCUGGUCGUCACAAACCAGACUACCUACGAGCACUUCCGGCACCGGGAAACAAACUCCAGCAACCCCUACAAUGUGGGGGCCUGGCGCAACAUCAAGGAGGUGUUCUGGACCCCGGUGCCGCCACGCUUCGGCCCGCUGCCCUCCGACCCGAGCGAUUUCGAGGACGAGGCGACGGUGGCCGAGCGGCGGGACCUUGCGCUCACCGUGCGUGGCGGCCGCCAUGUCAACGGGUCGGAGGAUGGGGCGGAGGGCAGCGGCGGGCAUCAGAGCCACCCGAGCCCGCCGCUCCCUGACGGGGACGGCGGGCACGUUUGGACAUUGGGCAGUCCUCGGGGCUCCAUGGCGGCGCCGGGCCAGGGCGGCGAGGCAACGCCGGCGAGGCAGAGGAGGGAGGCCACCUUCUCUGCCGCCUGGUCCGGGUCUCCGGGGGGGACGAGUGUGACCUCUAAGCGCGUGACCAACGCCAAGAGCCAGGAGUUCAUCCGCACUUCCCUGCGCGGUGGCAAGAAGCCCCUCGGCUUCUGGCAGAACGUCCGGAAGCAGCUGAAGACACACCCUCUCAUCAUCGGCUUCAUCUUCUUCAUCAUGAUCUUCUCUGGCGUGUUCUCCUUCUUCAUGUACCUACCCUCCGAGAAGAGCGUGUACCGCGGCAAGUGA